AGUUGCUGUUGCUCAGUCAACAGCAAACUCAACAAUGAUGUGCAGUCGGUGUCCGGUCUGUCGUCUCAAAGACAUGAGGGGCCUCGGCGGUCAUGACAAGGAUGGUGAUGAUGAUGAUGAUAAUCGUACAUGUUGUCAGGUUCGAUCAGCGGGCAGCAGCUGUGAGGCUUUCAGAGACAACCACUGUCUGGAUCAGAUGAUCAUCAUCUGUAGGAAGUAUGAGCAAACAGAAGAAGGUGAUUUAUUUUCACAUGUUUCACAGGUAAAAGCACAGGGGAGAAAAGAGCCGUGCAGGGGAAAGUGGCUGCCGAUGACCUGCCUCCUGUUUUUCCUGGUGGUGUUCACUUUCCUGAUGGGAAAAGUUGGCAAAGACAGGAAAGAGGCACGGAACUAUGACGCUGACGUCUUUCCUUUAUCCCGAACCGCGUGGCUGCUGGGCUCUCUGCUCUUCUGGACCAUCUGGUUGCUUCUGCGCCUCCUUCAGCUGAUAAUGUGGUUCAUCAAAGGGCUGCUGUGGUUCAUCUCCAUCGCCGUGUAUCCACUGUGUUGCUGUUUGUCCUUCUUUCUGUCCUGUGUCCUGCUGCUCCUGCACUACUUAUGUGAUGCUGUGUAUUUUGCUACCAGCAGCCCCGUGUAUGUUUACAUCAUGUGUCUCACUAUUGCAUUAUUUCUGUUCAUCUUCACAUUAACCUGUGGGAACAGAUGCUGAUCUGCAAAACGUAUGGUCUCACUUUCAUAAAUAAUAACAAUAGUAUAUCAGAGGUGGAAAGUAAAGAUUUACAUUUACUCAAAUUAGUAGUUUUUUGUGUUCUUGUACUUUCUAAAGUCAUUUUAAAAUUUUGUAUUUUUACUUUUACUUAAGUAUGUUUUUUUGGAAGUACUGCUCUUCACCAAGUUUUAAACCACAUCCGUUACUGAGUAACAAAAUGUCAAAAUGUAAUGAAUUUCAGAAAUAAGUAAAAAUCACGCACCAGAAACUUUGGCAGCGAACAGUGAGGACAGGUGAAUGAUAAGGACAGAGGACAGGUGAACGACGAGGACAGG